AUGCCUCCGCGCAAGACCCUGCGCAUCCUCUGCUUCGGCGACUCCCUCACCCAGGGCUGGUUCUCCUUUGGCAUGGGCGAGCACCCUUACUCGGAGCGUCUCACCGAGCGCCUGCGCGAGGUGCUCCCGCCCGACGUGGGCCUCGAGGUGCGCACCAGCGGCGAGGCCGGUGACGUGGCGGCCUUUCCGCGCUUCCGGGAGCGUUUCAACCAACAGAUUAGACUAUGGCCCUUUGACUGGGUGAUUACCCUGGGCGGCACAAAUGACAUUGCCAUGGGCUGCCACGUCGACGACACGUUCAAGUCGCUGCAGAGCAUCUGGCGGCUCGCCCUGUCGAGGCGGUGCCGCGUGCUGGCCAUGACGGUGCCCGAGACGGGCGCGCGCUUUGCCCGGAUUGACGCCAAGCGCGCGGAUCUCAACCAGCGCAUCCUCGACUUUGAAGCCGAGAAUUACCACGCAUUCGACCUGCACAGCAAAAUCCCAUACAACGCACUCACCGACAAGCAGCGCGACGAGCUCUGGGACGACCUCGUGCACCUGACCGAGGAAGGCUACAACUGGAUGGGCGACCACGUGGCCGACGCGCUCCUGCCUUUCGUCAUCGAGGAUCACACCAAGUUUGAGGAGGAGGAGGACGAGCCUGCCCGAGACAUUCGCCGAGGGUACGUGGUGGUGCGCAGAAACGACUUGGAUUAA